AAGCUCUGUCUCCAUGAUUUGAUCACAGGGUCCAGGAGGAUCGAGCAGGGUCACCUGUACCCAGCUGUCUGUCUAUGAAGAGUGAUCGUUCAAUGGAUAAUCCAGUUAACUUCAAAGGGGAAUUCACAGCUGAUUCAAGGGUCCAGGAGGAUCGGGCAGGGUCACCUGUACCCAGCUGUCUGUCUAUGAAGAGUGAUCGUUCAAUGGAUAAUCCAGUUAACUUCAAAGGGGAAUUCACAGCUGAUUCAAGGGUCCAGGAGGAUCGAGCAGGGUCACCUGUACCCAGCUGUCUGUCUAUGAAGAGUGAUCGUUCAAUGGAUAAUCCAGUUAACUUCAACGGGGAAUUCACAGCUGAUUCAAGGGUCCAGCAGUCGCUGGAGUACGGCUCUUUUGAAGAGACGGGUUCAGAUAAAUUAUCUUCCGCAAAAAAGUCUCUCCUGCUCACUCUGAUGAAGCUGAAGAAGGAUGAGAAGUUGAAACUGUUUCAGAGCCAUCUGAGUCAGGAUUGCCCGGAAUGCUGUCUUGACGAUCAGUUUAUGAAGUUUAUUAAUGAAUUGUUCGACAGUCGUGAAGUUGAUGAUUACCCUGAAUGCAUUGAGAGAGAGCAGGAGGAUCCUGAGGCUGUGUGCAUAGUUGAGAAGUUGCUGGAGACUUGUGGCAGUGAGGGGUUUCUGAAGAUCACACUCCACAUCCUGAGGAAGAUGAAGCAGAAGGAGCUCGCUGAGCACAGUAAGAGCUUUCUCUCAUUGCUACUGUGUGUCAAUUAGAAUUUUGAUAUGAGUUUAGAUAGCAAAUCUAACAGUGAUCAAUGUUCUGAUUUACAGCAUCUACACUUUCAUAAUACUGUUUUACAUUGACAAUAUUUCAUACUGUAAA